AUGCUGGGCUCGCUUUAUUUAGCUCUGGCCGCGGCAUUGGUCGCCUCGCCAGUCCACGCACGUUCACUGUGGCCAGAAAAGUCAACCCCUUGGUCGCGAAUCACCCCUGCGGAGGGUGCGGUGGUCGUGGACAACAGCGCAAAGCCAUACCAGGGAUCGUACAUGACGUUCCAGGCCGGCGUCGAUGCGCUGAACAAGACAACCAGGACGCCGCAGAAUCUGUUUGUUUUCCCGGGCACCUAUGUCGAGCAAGUGUACAUUCCGCUGCUGGCAUCCAACCUGACGGUCCAGGGCUACACGCGCGACGCCCGCGGCUACGAGAGAAACCAGGCCACAGUCACGUACAACCUCGCGCUCAUCAACACGACCUCGGACGACCUGACGGCCACCUUGCGCCAGUGGAACACCAACACGAAGGUGUACAAUCUCAACGUGGUCAAUACGUUCGGCCACAUCCACUCGAAUGGCCAGAACCUGGCCGUCUCGGCGCACACGACGGCCCAGGCCUACUACGGCUGCCAGCUCAUAGGCUACCAGGACACACUGCUGGCCAACACGGGCACGCAACUGUACGCGAAGAGCCUGAUUGUCGGCGCCGUCGAUUUUAUCUUCGGCCAGACGGCGCUCGCGUGGCUCGAAGGCGUGGACAUCCGCACGACUGCCGCGGGCUACAUCACGGCCUCGGGCCGCAGCAGUGACACGAACCCGUCGUGGUACGUCAUUAGCCGCUCCACGGUAUCGGGCAACAACGACUCGGUCGCAGCGGGUGGCAGCUAUCUGGGCCGCCCAUGGGGACCGUUUGCGCGCGUUGUCUUCCAGGAGACGUAUCUGGGCAGCAUCGUCGCCGCGGCCGGCUGGAAGCAGUGGUCGACGAGCACGCCCAACACUGACCAUGUGACGUUUGCCGAGUACAACAACCGCGGCCCUGGCUCGGUGCAGGCCGAGAGCCCGCGCGCCAGCUUCAGUGAACAGCUGGCGGCGCCCGUCUCGAUCCGGUCGAUUCUCGGCGCCAACUUCCAGGACGAGUGGUGGGUGGACACGAGCUACCUCGACCCGAGCGACUUGGCCCCAGGUGGGUCGACCACGUCGACGUCGACUGUGUCCACCACAUCGGCCGCGUCCAGCAUGGCCACCACCACGACACCAUCGAGCCCCACUGCCUCGACCAACCCAUGCUUCUGCACCGAGUAUGCUCAAAUCGCCACGGCCGUGGCGUCGUGCACCGACAUUGUGCUGUCCAACAUUGCCGCGCCCAACGGCGCAGCGAUUCGCCUGUCGGGCCUCAAGACGGGCGCAACGGUCACGUUUGACGGGCGCACGACGUUUGGCUUUGCCAACUCGUCGUCGUUUAGCCCCAUCACGAUUCGCGGCACCGGCGUUACCAUUACAGCCAGCCCGGGUGCGGUCAUUGACGGCAACGGCCCGGCCUACUGGGACGGCCUGGGCUCCAACGGCGGCACGCCCAAGCCCGACCAUUUCAUCGUCCUCAAGCUCACGGGCCACUCGGUCGUCCAGAACCUGCACGUCCAGAACUGGCCGGUGCACCUGUUUUCCAUUUCCGGCAGCAAGGAUCUCGUGAUGCAGGACCUCGUUCUGGACAACUCGGCCGGCGAUGCGCCCAACAACCGGAGUGGUGGUCGGGCCGCCGCGCACAACUCGGACGGCUUCGACCUCAGCUCGUCGGUCAAUGUUCUGCUCCAGCGCAUUGUCGUCGACAACCAGGACGACUGUGUGGCUGUGACAAGCGGCAACAAUGUGACGGUCAGGGACCUUGUCUGCCGCGGCGGCCAUGGCCUCUCGAUUGGGUCCGUCGGCCUCAAGUCGAACAAUAACGUGACUAACAUUGUGUUUUCCAACUCGUCGGUGGCCAACUCGGAAAACGCCUGCCGCAUCAAGACAAACUACAACGCCACCGGCCAUGUCGCCAACAUUACCUUCUCCAACAUUGCCGUCAGCAACAUAUCCAGAUACGGCAUCGACGUCCAGCAGGACUACCUCAACGGCGGCCCCACAGGCAACCCGUCCAACGGCGUGCUGAUUGAAAACGUGCUCUUCCACAACGUGACGGGACAUUCCAGCGCCUCGGCGCAGGACUACUACGUGUUGUGUGGCGACGGGGCGUGCUCGAAUAUUGCGUUUUCCAACGUGUCCAUUGCGGGUGGCGCCGUGGCUAGUCGCUGCAACUACCCAGCGACCGGAUGUCCGUCGUGA